GUUAUUUUUAUUUCUGAUUAUCGAUUUUUGCGUUUGUUUUUGCGUUUUUGCGAAUUAUGGAUACUGAAUAUGAUGAUAUAGCGUUGAACGACGAUGACGAAGUAUUCAGCGAUGGACAACAAUCAAUUCGUUUACGAAAUAUUCAUUCAAUCGAAUCAUCAUCAUCAUCACCAUCCGUUUGGCUGCAUAGAAUUUUUUGCAAUUCAUUCGUACCGUUUAUCGGUUUGUUUGCUUUGUGUGCAUUCAUCGGUAUCGGUACACCGAUGAUAUGGAAUCAAAUAUGGAAACCAAAUUCAAAUAUAACAAUUGAAACUGAUCUUCGUUAUGAUUGUCAACCAUUACAACCACUAUUUCGACAGAAAUGUAGUGAAAUUUGUAAAUUGGAUCAAUUAGCAAAACCGGAUGAAAUUAGCUGUUAUUAUCGUAUGGAACGUAAUGAAGAUUUGGGUGAUAAUUUCAAUCUGAUUCCUCGUUAUAAAAUUGAAAAAAUUAAUCAAUUUAAUUAUAUACUUUCGCUACAAAAUGCACCACCAUUUAUAAAUGAUCCAAAUAAUGAUGAUUUAACAAAAAAUCCAAUUAUCAAAUCAAAAUUAACACUUUCAAUUCGUUAUCAUAAUUCAAAUCAUUCAAGUGUUUUGAUUAAACCAAUCGAUGAAGAUGAAACACUAUGGACAAAAUAUUAUGAUUUCAAUUAUCAACCACAUAAUCAAUCAAUUGAUUCGAAAGCAACAAUAACAGUUGAAAAUGAUUUAAAAAAUGAUUAUUUUCAACUGAAAGUUCGUCGUAAUAGUACUGAUGCACGAUUGUUUGAUAUGGGUUCACAUACACCAUUUAUAUUUGCUAAUGGUUAUAUUGAAAUCACUACAUUGAUGAUCAAUGAUAUUAUGUAUGGUUUAGGGCAAUCAAAUCAACCAUUUCGUCAUAAUUUUAGUAUACCAAGAAAAUGGAAUCUAUUCAAUCAAUAUCAUGAUAAUCUAACAAUGAAUGCAACAAGUUUAUUCGGUAGUCAUCCAUUUUAUCUUGGUAUUGAUAAUCCAAAACAAGGUAAUGCAUAUGGUGUACUAUUAUUGAAUAGUUUUCCAAUGCAAGCGAUGAUUAAUGCACGGCCAAGUUUAACAUUACGUACGAUUGGUGGUCAUCUUGAAUUGCAUUUUUUCUUCGGUCCAAAACCAAUCGAUGUUAUUCAUCAGCUACAGGAUUUUAUUCAUAAACCAGCAAUGCCACCAUAUUGGUCACUUGGUUUUCAUAUGUGUCAUCAACAAUGUUCAUUACCAGAAUUUAAUAAAACAAUUAGAAAAUUACAAUCAUUAUCAAUACCAAUUGAAUCGGAUUGUGGUACAUCAAUGAAAAUUAUUGAUUAUAAAAAUCAAUUAAAUCAAUUUGCGGAAAAACUUCAUAAUCAAAAUUUACGAUGGAUAUCAUCAAUUAUUCCACAUUUAUUAUCAACACAAGAUGGCAGCAGCAGCAGUACAAUUGAUGAUCAAUGGAAAAAUAAGAAUCUUUUGUUGAAAGAAAAUAACGAUGAUGGUGAUGGUGAUGGUAAACCAUAUUCCGGCCUGAUAUUCGGUUGUAAAAAUUCUAAUGUUGCACAAAAUCAACAAGCAUAUUUUCCUGAUUUAUUCAAUCCAAAUGGCCAGAAUUUAUAUUCGAAAAAUGAAUUGAAUAUUAAUGCUGAUGGUUUUAUACUUGAUUGGAAUAUACCAGUAAAUUUAGCCAAUGGAAAUCAUUCAUGUUUAUCAAUGUUAAAACAAUAUAAAUGGAAUUAUUAUUAUUUUGCACAGUUAAAUGAUAAAAAUCCAUGUUUAAAUUUAUUAUUAUCAUCGCAAUCGCAAUCAUCAAAUAAUCAAACAAUUGGAUCAUAUCUUUCCGUACAUAAUCUAUAUGGAUUUCAACAUUCAAAAAUUGUUUAUGAACAACAAAAUCGAAAUCAACGAAAACGUCCAUUCAUAAUGAGUUUAUCAACAUUUUUAGGUAAUGGUCGUUUUGGUGGUCAUCUAUCAAUACCAAUUAAUGGUACAUGGGAAAUGUUACAAUUUACUAUGAAACAAAUGUUGGAUUUUAGUUUAUUCGGUAUACCGAUGACUGGUUUCCCGGUUGGUGGUUAUAAAGGUUUUGAACGUGAAAAAAAUGGUAAUCUUAUGAGACAAUGGUAUCAAUUUGCAUCAAUGCAACCAUUUAUGAUUGCAUAUAAUGGUUUUGAUGAAUUUGAAACACAAUUUCAACCAUCACUGGAGAAUACAAUAAGAUCAGCAAUUAAAACACGUUAUCGUAUCCUACCAUAUUUAUAUACAUUAUUUUAUCAUUCAUCAAUUGAUGGUGAUUUAGUUGCACAACCAUUAUUCAUACAAUUUCCAACGGAUAUUCAUACAUAUAAAAUACAAAAUCAAUAUAUGUUAGGAUCAGCAUUGAUGAUAUCACCAUCAUUAGAAAUGGAUCGUUCAUCAAUCCUUGUUCAUUUUCCAAAAGGUCGUUGGUAUGAUUUUUAUUCCGGACAAAUUGCAUGGAAUAAUGAUUAUGGCCAAACAGAAUUAUCAGUUGUUAAUAUUAAUAUACAUUUACGUGGUGGUCAUCUAAUUGUACAACAAGAACCAUUAUUAUCGAUUGAAGAAACUAGACAGAAAAAUCCAUUACAAUUAUAUGGUGGUUUUGAUCGUCAACGUCAAGCAUCAGGUGAAUUAUAUAUGGAUAAUGGACAAGAACAAUUUCCAGCUAAACGUUUUUUACGUAUAUUUUUCAAUGCUUAUUAUAAUAAUCUUACCAUUACAAUUGAACAACAUGAAGAUUAUUGUCGUGCAAUGAAAAAUCAAAUAGAAAAAAAAUAUAAUACCUUAUUGAAAUCAGUAAAACUUUGUGGUGUUAUUGAAAAACCAAAUCCAUAUUCAAUUGAUUUAUAUCAAAUUGAUAAACAUAAUGGAAAAGAACAAUUGAAAAAAAUACGUACAAUAUCUGGAUCAAAAUUAAUUCAAUUUGAUGCAAAAUUUGGUGUAUUAUCAUUUGAAAUUGAUCUGGAUUUAUGUUCGGUACCAUAUUCGGAUACAAAAAUUUCUAUAUUUAAAUUUUUUCUCAAUUGGAAUUAUACUGUAUAUUAA